CUCUCGUCGGAAGGAUAACCUGGCCGCGCGCGAGUAUAAAGACUCACCUGGCCGCUCAACCUGACAUCAUUGCAACAAACCACGGCAGCGACAUGAAGGUGUUCCUUGCAGUCCUCUCCCUCGCCCUUGUGGCCUGUGCCCAGGAGUUCGACCAGCUUCCUGAGGGUCUGCCACUCGUGUACGCCCGCGUGGCCCGCUCUCCCCAAUUCGGAGGCGGCUUUGGCGGUCCCGGCUUUGGCGGCGGAAGGCGUGGUGGUUUCGGCGGCAGGAGACCCGGUUUCGGCGGUGGCGGCUUCGGCGGCGGCGGCUUCGGCGGUUCGUCCUCAAACGCGAACGCCGCCUCGCAGAACUUCAACUCCGGCUUCGGAGGCUUCGGUGGCUCCGCCUCCAGCGCCAACGCUGCCUCUCAGUCCUUCAACGCCGGCGGUGGCCGCGGCGGUGCGUCCGGCUCUGCUGCCUCUGCCAGCGCCUCCAGCCAGAACUUCAACGCCGGCGGUGGUGGUUUCGGUGGCCCCCAGUUCAGCUCCAGCUCGUCGAACGCGAACGCCGCCUCGCAGAACUUCAACUCCGGCUUCGGAGGCUUCGGUGGCUCCGCGUCAAACGCCAACGCGGCCAGCAACACCUUCAGCAGCGGCGGCCGCGGUGGCGGGUCCGGCUCAUCCGCCAACGCCGGUGCCUCCAGCCAGAACUUCAACGCUGGCGGCUUCGGAGGCCUGAACGCCGGAGGAUCUGCUGCCAACGCCAAUGCCGGCACCAGCAACUUUGGAUUCGGACGUUAAUUUCGUAUAUUGCCUUUGUCAUUGCCAUCAUUUCCAUUCAUUGAACUCACAACUAACCAUGCAGUCAAUAAUUUAUUUAUUUAUUGCGUACCAUCAAGUGAUAUUUAUGUACAAACCGCAUCUGUUACAACAUGAAAUAAACAUAUUUAAU